UCCUAUGAGAAGUUGGCGCUUAAAUUGAUAAGGUUAUUAUGUCAGACUCAGAAACUGAAAAUGCAAACCCUGCAAAUAAAUACAAUGAAGAAGAUGCCUUUAAAAUACUCGUCGCAACAGAUAUUCAUCUGGGGUAUAAUGAAAAAGAUGUUAUACGAGGAGAAGACAGCUUUCGAACUUUCGAAGAGAUCCUCAAAAUCGCACAAAACUUGAAAGUGGAUUUCAUGUUACUGGGUGGCGAUUUAUUCCACGACACGAAACCAACCCCUUAUUGCAUCUACAAAUGCACGGAGCUCCUGAGGAAGUACUGUCUCGGCGACAAACCAGUUGAAAUGGAGUUCCUCUCAGAUCAAUCGGUCGCGUUCAAAUGUAACUCAUCAAAGAUCGUCAAUUACGAAGAUCCAAACUUGAAUGUCUCUCUGCCGGUGUUCUCAAUCCACGGUAACCACGACGAUCCCUCCGGUCACAAAUUAAUCUCGGCCCUAGAUCUGAUCAGUACCACUGGUUUGGUGAACUAUUUCGGCAAAGUUACGGAACUGAAACAUAUAAAAGUCGAACCGAUUCUGUUGAGGAAAGGUGAAUCCCAAUUGGCCUUGUAUGGUUUGUCGCACGUGAAGGACGAACGAUUGGGCAGGAUGUUCCUAGAGAAACAGGUGACGAUGAUGUCGCCGCCUGACAUCGAAAAUUGGUUCCAUUUGCUCGUGUGGCAUCAGAAUCGUGCGACACGGGGCGUCAAAAACUUCAUUCCCGACGAAACCCUGCCGGAUUUCUUGGACCUGGUGGUCUGGGGCCAUGAGCACGACUGCAGAAUCGUGCCCGAACCGAACGCCAACAGCGUUUAUAUAACACAACCGGGCAGUUCGGUUGCCACCUCCUUGGCGGCUGGUGAAGCAAUACCGAAGCACAUCGGACUGUUGACGGUGCAUAAAAAGAAGUUCUUCCUGGAUCCAAUCCCACUAAAAACAGUUCGACCAUUCAUUUUCAGAGAGCACACCCUAGAGGACGUGGAAAGCGACGAAAUUGAAGACAAUCAUCAAGAGAACGCUUUGAAACAGAUUGAGGAUAUUAUUGAAGAAAUGAUCAAGGAAGCCAACAAUAUGGAACGUGAUUUGGAUAUGCUUCCGCUGAUACGUCUGCGGGUUUUCUACGAACGAGACUUGCAGUCGUUCAAUGCUAUUAGAUUCGGCCAGAAAUAUGUUGGAAGAGUGGCUAAUCCCGAGGACGUUGUUAAACUGGCUCCUAUUAGAAGAGCUAGAGGAGCUCAAAUGAGAGUAGAUCUGGACACUGAUCACACAUUUAACCAUGUAGAAGAAUGGGCGACCAGGGUUGAAGAUAUUGUUCUUAAAUUAUUCGACGAGAACAAUAAACUGAACAUAAUUCCAGUUAAAGGACUAACUGAAACCGUUAUCAAAUUCAUCGAUUCCAACGAUCAGGAAGCUCCAGCAGAUUAUAUAGAUUUGCAGGCGAAACAAAUGCUGGAGACUCUCGUCAGUAAGGAUCCGGAUCUUUCAGACGUGCGACAGUGUAUCGAAUCCAUCGUUCACGAAAAGGAACUCGCCAAUCAAGAUAUGGAAGAGGUUCGAAAACUAUUAAACGACACAAACCGUCAGAAACGCUGCGCAGCCAAACGUCUGGCGGAUGACGAUGACUCGGAUGAACCAGCUGUAAUAAGCGAUGAUGAUAAUGAUGAUGUCUCGUCUUCUAGAGUUGUUAACAACCCGACGCCUGCUAAAGGGCCUGGAUCGAGAGGAGGGCGCGGUUCUAGGGGCGGCAGAGGCUCCAGAGCACGUGGGACUCGCGGUGGAAGGGGUCGUGCCAAAGCAGUUUAGAGUUUAUUUUGUUUAAUUCUCACAAAAUUGUUUUUUACACACUCCCAUAUUUUGUUUAUUUUAAGAAAAACUAAAAUCUUAAAAUAAACUAUAUACAUCUUCAUCAAAAAUGUUAUACACUCUAUUUUUGAUAUUUAUUUUGUAUUGUUAUAUAUUUUACAACAAUUUGUUUUUGAUAAUAACAAAUAAAGUUUUGUUUUAUUGAUGGUCUUAAA